AAGGCAACCAACAAAAAAAUUGCCCACGUGGCGUUAUUUGAUUGGUUGGAUGUCAUCAUCUUGUACUGUGCGUGAAAACGACGUCGUAGCUUUAGUCACCAUCUUGGUCCUCGAAUCAAUGCACGACCAGUCACUUCAUCCCUCUACACAGGCUAAAUCCGUUGCAGUAUAAAUAAAUCAUAAUUUCUAGACCGUGGUAUAAUCUCAUGGCCUGUACAAUUGUUAUUGUUCACAUAGAACAGAAUUAGUGCUUCCUUUCCUUUUCCAGCUUAAGUUCAUUCGUUAAUUUAAAGAGGAAGAUCGAGAGAUUGAAGAAUGAAAAAGGUUAUGCGUAUGUCUCCGAUUCUAAUCUUCUUCUUCUUCUUGUCUCCUAUGUUAAUGCAAUCAAGAGCCGAUCAAGACUUCGAUGUUCGCCAACACCUAUCAACUGUCUCAAGAUAUGGUGUAAUGAAAAAUGUUGCUCCCAGUUCCUUUAUACCAUCUAAAAUUCCGGAUGGGUGUAAUCCUAUCCACUUAAACCUUAUUUAAUUCUGUAUCACAGGCAAGACAUGGCACUCGUUCUCCAACCAAAAAAAGGAUGAGAGAGUUAGAGAGAUUGGCUCUUCAUAUAAAAGAACUGAUUAGAGAUGUGGAAAAGAAGAGAUCGUCUUUGGAAAAACUUCCUGCUUGGUUAAGGGAAUGGGAAUCUCCAUGGAAAGGAAAAUUGAAGGGUGGGGAAUUGGUUAGCAAAGGGGAAGAGGAGCUCUAUCAACUUGGGAAAAGGAUCAGAGAACGAUUUCCUGGUCUGUUUAGUGACGAAUACCACCCAGAUGUUUAUCCCAUAAAGGCUACACAGGUUCCUCGGGCAUCUGCUAGUGCUGUGGCAUUUGGUAUGGGGCUGUUUAGUGAGAGAGGAGGUCUAGGGCCGGGAAAGCAUCGGGCUUUUGCUGUUACAAGUGAAAGCCGUGCAAGUGAUAUAAAACUGAGGUUUUUUGAUUGUUGUGAAAGCUACAAGUCGUUUAGGAAGAAUCACGAGCCUGCAGUUGAUAAGCUUAAGGAACCUAUCCUGGAUGAAAUAACAUCAGCAUUAACCAAAAAAUUUCAGCUGAACUUCACAAGACAGGAUACUUCUUCUCUAUGGUUUUUAUGCAAACAGGAAGCAUCCUUAUUGGAUAUUACUGAUCAAGCUUGUGGGCUCUUCAGUCCUGAUGAGGUUGCUUUGCUGGAGUGGGCAGAUGACUUGGAGGUGUUUAUACUAAAGGGUUAUGGUACAUCACUAAACUACAGAAUGGGAGUGCCACUUCUUAAAGAUGUUAUACAAUCAAUGGAAGAAGCAAUCAAGGCUAAAGAAGAAAAUCUUGUUCCUGGAAGUUAUGAGAAGGCGAGGCUUAGGUUUGCACAUGCAGAAACUGUGGUUCCAUUUUCGUGUCUUCUUGGUCUUUUCCUUGAAGGAUCUGAAUUCCAAAGAAUACAGAAGGAACAACCUCUGGAACUCCCUCCAAAGCCUCCCAAGAAAAGAAAUUGGAGGGGCAGCACUGUGGCACCUUUUGGUGGGAAUAACAUGCUGGUUCUAUACAGUUGCCCAGCUAAUUCUUCAAGUGAGUACUUCGUGCAAGUUCUGCACAAUGAACAUCCCAUCCCAGUGCCGGGCUGUAAUCAAAGUGAUAUUUGUCCUUUCGAAGUUUUCAAGGAAAGAAUAGCAACUCCUCACAUGAGGCAUGACUACAAUACACUCUGCAGUAUUAAGCCUGAAGAACAAAAACAGAAACCUGUGAUCAGUAAGUUAUCACCACUGUUCCGUUGGUUCUUCCCGACCUGGAAUGAUGAUUCUCCAGUGCAAAAAGCUGAAUUAUAGUUUACUUUCACAAAGGUGAGGAAAUAAUUCUUACUUAUUGGCACUUGAUGCAAAUUUCAGCCACAACCAGGGCCUCCUCCUAGCUGAGUGCAUUUCAACUGAUCCUACCUACUGCUAAUACUAUAUGGAUACCGUUCUCUCACCACACAAUUACUGUUUCUGUUUCCUGAGCUAUUGCACAAGUCUGUAUGGGAUAUUCGCGGCAUUUUUUCAAUUUUUAAGUCUUUUAAGUCCUUGUUGGUACUUUUGUCAAGCCUGUUCUCUAUCAAUAGUCCCAUCACUUACUCUUACCUCCUACAUAAGUCCGCUGCCUUCCUGGAUGGAUGUUCUCAUAGAGAUACUUGGCAGAUUUUGGAAUCUAGGGCUUAAGAUAUGAUCUUCACUUUUUUAGGUAGGUUCCUUCCAUUGUAGGUUUGUACUAGUUUCUUGAAAAUAAAAUAAUUUUGGUUCAUCAAUCA